ACUUAUCCUACAUUUUCUCAUCUUGGAGAGAUUCCACUGAUUUGUGGUCAUCUGAACUCUCAGUCACAAGUCUUUUAUUGACUGAAAUCUUGACCUUGCUUAAUCUUUGUAGAAUCAAUCCCAUAUAUAUUCAUAUAGUCGGCUUUUGAGUUUUGAACAUUUCAAAUUACACUAAACAAAUACUAAUAGCUAAGAGCUGUCAAAUACUAAUAAUUUGUAUUUUAUUUUUAUAAGGUUGAUAACUUGAUAAUGAUAUCAAAUAUUAAUUUUAUCACUAAACAAAUCAUUUCUGAAGUUUAACAAAUUUACCUGAAAUUUUCAGUCCAUAGCCAAACACCAAAUAUCCCUAAAAAAAAAAGAACAAAAAAAAAAUCCCGCCUAUUCCCGGAGGAAGGGAAAAUCUGAAAAUUGAAAUCGAUAAGUUUCUCGUUCUUCGUGUUCCCAAAUCCAGAGACACUCACGCCAUGAGCACUCCCAUGGAGAUUGCCGAGCAAAACCCUAUGGUGGAGGACACGAUUCCGAUUCCUCUUCCCAAUGCUUCCAUGGAGGUCUCUCACCAGAAUCCCAUUGAAGCAACGACUAUCCCCGAGCAAAUUGCCGUCGCUGAGCCAGUCGCUACACCCAAUCCUCCUCCUUGCCUCCACGAGAACAAAUUCCUCGUAUCUGUGGAGGUCUGCUUAAAGCCUUCAAGCACGGCUCGUCUAGAGGAUGUCCAGAGAGCUGUAGAACGGAUGCUGGAAACUAGGAGCAUGAGCUAUGCAGAUGGACUGGUACUGAUACCUGCAGAUGACUUGUUUCUUGUUGAUAAUGUGCAGAGAAUUUGCAUUUGUGAUACAGAGGAAUGGGUGAAAAAUAAUGAUGUUCUCUUGUUCUGGCAAGUGAAGCCAGUUGUCCACGCCUUCCAGCUCUUUGAAGAAGGACCAUGUGAGGACUUGUGCGCAGAUGGACAACCUGCUAGCUUUAAUGAAUGGAUUCUACCCGCUAAGGAGUUUGAUGGCUUAUGGGAAAGCCUAAUAUAUGAAUCUGGACUUAAGCAAAGGUUACUACGGUACGCUGCAAGUGCGUUGCUGUUCACGCAGAAGGGUGUUAAUCCAAAUCUCGUUUCAUGGAAUAGGAUUAUUCUUUUGCACGGACCACCAGGGACUGGCAAAACAUCCCUUUGCAAAGCGUUGGCUCAAAAGCUUUCAAUUCGGUGCAACUCCAGAUAUCCACAUUGCCAGUUGAUUGAAGUCAAUGCUCACUCUCUAUUUAGUAAAUGGUUCUCUGAAAGUGGCAAACUGGUUGCCAAGCUUUUCCAAAAAAUCCAAGAGAUGGUGGAGGAAGAUGGAAAUCUGGUAUUUGUUUUGAUCGAUGAAGUUGAAAGUCUUGCUGCUGCGCGAAAAGCUGCAUUGUCUGGCUCAGAACCUUCAGAUUCUAUUCGGGUUGUGAAUGCACUACUCACCCAAAUGGACAAAUUGAAAUCAGCACCGAAUGUGAUAAUCCUUACAACAUCAAACAUAACUACUGCUAUUGAUGUUGCUUUCGUGGAUCGAGCUGACAUAAAAGCUUAUGUUGGGCCUCCAACUCUUCAUGUUCGUUAUGAAAUAUUAAGGUCUUGUGUUGAGGAAUUAAUAAGUAAAGGGAUCAUAUCAAGUUUCCAGGGCUGUGAUGGACUCUCAAUUCCAAGCUUUUCAAGUUUGAAAGAAAAAGCAAAUGAAAGUGAGGUUCAUGAUAUAAAUACAGUUCCCUGGUUCUGUAAACAGUUGAUAGAGGCUGCAAAAGGGUGUGAGGGUUUAAGUGGGAGAUCAUUGAGGAAGCUUCCGUUUUUAGCGCAUGCAGCACUUGCAGAUCCAUAUAGCCAUGAUCCAAGUAAUUUCUUGUGUACAAUGAUAGAAACAGCUAAGAGAGAGAAGUCUGAACAGCCUGAAUGACCCUUUUUGUGAGGUCAUAAACAAAUAACAAUGGAUAUGGUUUAUUCAGAAAAAUGUUAUACUAAUUGUUGAUUUAAACAUCUCUUCAUUAUCUCCAACUAUGCAUCUGUUUCACCUUCUAUUUUAGCAUAAACUUCUAACUCAAAAAAUGAAUCAAAGACAAUAAAUGUUGAAUGGGGGCAUCUCCUUCAUCACUGGUCAAUGUAUUAAGUAGCUUAUGCUUUUGUUUUAGAAGGUUUCCAUACUUCUCACUUAUGGGACUGAAUUCUUGAUAUUAGCAACACUGAAUUGGUUU